ACCGGAGGAUGAGCCCAGCCGACUGAACGGACGACGAGGUUGACUGUGAUGGCACGGACUCAAAUUUGGACUUUGAGGACAAGAAUCGUGGGGCAAAUAAGAGUUUGCAGCAGAGAGCAACCCAGUGGACACGCUGUAGUGGACAGUGAUGGAGAAGAGGGGAAGUCAAACAAUGAACCUGAAAGACAGUCCCUUGAUGACCACACGGACAGAUACAGUGAUGGCACGGACGCAAGCUUGGACUCUGACUUUGAGCACCCCCUCGACGGCCAUACAGAUGAUGAUGAUGAUGGUGGUGAUGAUGAAGAUGAUAAUGGGCCAACUUCUGAUUCUGAACACAUGGUUAAUGAUGACAUGAUGAGGUCCCCACUAUACAGAGGAGCAUCUGUUACUCUUGGGCAAACCAUUCUACUUCUGAUGGCCUUUGCUGGAACCGUGGGAUUGACACAAGAUGGUCUGCAAAAACUUCUUCAGAUUUUAAUUCUUGUUCUACCACCAGAUUGCCACUUGCCAGCCACAAAAUCUCUUCAAAAAACUAUUCAAAACUGGGAAAUAUGUUUUUCAUAGAUAUUGCCCCAACUGCUUUUGUCUUUUGGAUAAUAAUAAAUGUAAGACCUGCCAUCAGGUGUUUGACAAAAAUGAACUAAUAAAAAAAUGGAAACUUU